AUGGUCAGCCGUUUUGCCGAGACCAACACCCAAAUGGACAGCAUCAUGAGCCAGAUUCAGGACAAGCUGGCCAUCGCCCGCCACUCCGGCAAGGACAUCGAGGUCAAGGUGGGUGAGGAUCGAUCUGCGCUCGAUGGGCCCGUGCGAGCCGUUGCCCCAGUUCAGCCGCCGCCAGGAGCAGCAGCACAACUUUGCCGCUGCCGCACCCCGGUCCCGCCGCUCCGUCUCCAAGGCGAGCGCGAAUCGCUGAAGCGUCUGGCCGGCCAGGGCGAGGACCAGCCGACGGAGGUCAACCGUGGCCCUCGUGGCUGGGACUGGGGCCAGCCGUCCAAGGUCGACUCGCAGACGACCAUCUACGAGAACGCGUCGAUCGUCGAGAAGAAUAACACCACCCCGCCUCCUCCGCCGCCGCCCAUCAAGGCAGGC